AUGGCAGUUGAUUCCGCUUCCGCCGGCGAGGCUACUCCCCCCUUCCCUUCCGCCUACUCCGCGCAACUUCCCCUACCUCACGCCCCCGCGUAUCCCCCUGAUCCACGCUUCGCCGCUCAUCCAGGAUAUCAGGCGCCUCCGCCCCCCUACGACAGCGCAGCCGCAGCGUUUCCUCCGCCCGUCCCCCCCUAUGGUUCCGCGCCUCCCCUUCCCCCUGGGGAGGAGGCCUGGCGCCGCAGAGCCAUGCUGAGUGGAGGGGGGGCAGGAGGGGGAGCAGCGGGGGGACUAGGAGCAGCAGCGGGAGGAGCAUCGGCGAGUCCACGAGCGGCAGAGAGAUCGCCAUCUCCUCCUAAGUCUGACGGGUUUGCCAUGCCCAAGAAUUCCGGCGACGGGUUGACAGCAGCAGAGCGGAUGAUGAUGAAGAUGGGAUGGAAGGCUGGGCAAGGGCUGGGUAAGCAGGAGCAGGGUAUCACCACGCCUCUCAUGGCAAAGAAGACGGACAAGCACGGAGGAGUGAUUGUGGCUGCCAAGCCGCUCAAGAAAGGUGGUGGAGGGGAGGGAGGGGAGAAUAAUGCUGCUGGUGCUGGUGGGAAGAGGGCGAAGCUGGGCGGUGUGGCACUCAACGGGCCUCCAUCGAAGGUUGUCCUGCUAAGAAACAUGGUUGGUCCUGGAGAGGUGGAUGCAGAGUUGGAAGAGGAAGUGGCAGGCGCGGAAGGGACUAUGUAUGCAACUGAGCCUGAAGACCUGGGCUGCGUCAUUCAGGCGGCGAUUGAAUCAUCGUCAGCUUGUCAAGGAAUUAUGUUUCUGACAACAGGGGAGAUCCAACCAGGGAGCAUGUACGAGACGCUGCUGGCUCAGACGGUCCUUCUUAAUGACGUCCAGUUUUCGGUCCUCAUAUGCAACAGUGAUGGGAGCACAACUGCUAAUGUAGAUCAGGCUCUGUUGCGAAUCAACAAAGCGCGGGUGAAAUUGGUCACCACCUCAAACUCAUUAGUUAGGAGAGAGUCGUAUAACCAAGCAAUGCAGUUCUAUGGGCUUCGGUGGAGCACCAAUUCUUCUUCUCUUGGUGCUUGCUGGGUUCCGCGCAAGGGUGUGAUGUUCAACAUCAUGUUCCAGUCCAUCACAGAGAGGAACAUAGCCAUUCAAGUAGCAAAGACCUACGCCAGCAAGCUGAAG